AAAGAGAACACAACGGGUCGGAAAUAAAACUGAAAUAAUUGCUUUUGGGAAACAAUUAUGUGUUCAAGGUGUGGUGAUUGCUGGAAUUGUUUCCCCAUUAGUUUGUUGAAAUGAUUGAAUAGAAACUCAACACCCAAUCCUAGAGCCUAGUACGAACCAAUGUAGGAGAUAACAUAGGUCUUGGCAAAGGGGUGAAACCAGGGCCAAGCAGGAUGGAUUUAGCGGGGGCUAAUGGAAGCUGUGGUGCACCAGGAUCAUGGUAGGAGGCGAUUAAAGUAUGGACCAAAGGGCACUUGUUUUAUUGACCAUGGCAGAUUUGGCGCACCAGUUCCAAGGUAGAAGGAAAUGGAAUAUGCACCACUUUGGGAGAAGAGUUAACCAAAGUUAAGGUAGGUGGGAGAGAAACUAUAGAGCAAGGGGGGCAUGGUACAUGGACUGCAGUAUGGUCAAUUUGGUGCACCAGGAAUAAGGUGGGAAGGAGUUAAGUUUGGAGGGGACAGCACCAGGAAUAUGAGUAGGGCAGCCUCACAUUCGCCCAGUUCUACCUCUGACGCAGAGCACAUGAGUCCUCUCACACCUGGGUUUUUGCUGUGUGACCGCCAAUUCCGGCAAAGAUUUUCAGGUCUGCUUCUUUUACAAUGAAGGCUUUGUACAUGCAUUGGUCCCACCUCUCCCAGGAUGCAGGUAAAUCAUCUCCAUUAAGGUCGUGAGUGAUCAACAAUGGCUGUUCCCCUGCUCGUCCAAGUUCCCAAGAUAUGCUGACUACAAAGUGAAUCAUUAAUCUUUGAUGUGGAUUCCUACCUGGUGAGGGUAGACGAGAACCUGGGUGAGAUUGUGUUGGUGAAGCUGGAGAAGAGGAAAUACUGGGUUCAGGACGACUGGUACUGCAGCUACAUCUCCGUAAAGACUCCGGACGGAGACAACUUGGAGUUUCCAUGCUACCGCUGGCUGGUCGGUGACAAGGAAGUGGUGCUGCGAGAUGGGCGAGCUUACCUGCCGCAGGAUGAUAAGACAACCGUGGUCAAGCAGCACAGACAAAACGAGCUGGAGAUGAGGCAGAAAGCCUACAGAUGGAUGGAGUGGCAGCCAGGCUUUCCAAUGAGCAUAGAUGCAAACAGACACCAGGAUUUGCCCCGAGACAUCCAGUUUGACAGUGAGAAAGGAGUGGAUUUCGUGCUCAACUUCAGCAAAGCAAUCGAGAACCUGUUUGUGAACCACAUCAUGCACAUGUUCCAGUCGUCCUGGAGUGACUUUGACGAUUUUGAGAGGAUCUUUUUGAGAAUCAAAAACACAAUCUCAGAGUACGUGAUGCAACACUGGAAAGAGGAUUUCAUGUUCGGCUACCAAUUCCUGAACGGCUGCAAUCCUGUCGUCAUCCAAAAGCUCAGCAAACUUCCUGACAAGUUUCCCGUCACCAAUGAAAUGGUCGCUGUCAGCCUGGAGAGAGCGUUGACUCUGGAGGAGGAAGUUAAGGCAGGUAACAUCUAUGUGGCGGACUACGAAGUGUUAGAUGGCAUCAAACCAAACUGUACAGAUCCGUGCACCCUGCAGUACCUGGCAGCUCCCAUCUGCCUUAUGUACAAGAACACACAGAACAAGAUUCUUCCAAUAGCCAUACAGUUGGGUCAGACCCCAGGCGAGGACAACCCCAUCUUCCUGCCCACUGACAGCCAGCACGACUGGCUCCUCGCAAAGAUCUGGGUGCGCUCGGCCGACUUCCAGCACCACCAGACGGUCACGCACCUGCUCAGGACACAUCUGAUCUCAGAGAUGUUUGCCCUCGCCACCUUCAGGCAGCUCCCCGCAGUCCACCCCGUCUUUAAGCUCCUCAUUCCGCACGUCCGUUUCACCAUCGCUAUCAACACCAAGGCCAGAGAGCAGCUCAUCUGCGAGUGUGGCAUCUUCGACAAGGCAAAUGCCACAGGCGGAGGUGGUCACGUGCAGCUGGUUCGGAAGGCCACGAAAGGCCUGACCUUCAGGUCUCUCUGCUUCCCCGACAUGAUCAAAGCUCGCGGAGUGGACAGCAAGCAGGAGCUGCCCACCUACUUCUACAGAGAUGAUGGCUACAAGGUGUGGGAGGCCACCAAGAGCUUUAUUUCCGACGUGGUCACUAUUUACUACAGCAGCAACGAAAAGGUGCAGGGAGAUGCGGAAAUCCAGGCGUUCGUCAAGGACGUGCGCACCUUUGGCAUGCAUGACUUCGAUUCCUGCGAGUUUCCCAAGGCGCUGAAAUCCCGCGAAGAGCUGAUCGAGUACUUGACCGUCAUCGUGUUCACGGCGUCAGCUCAACACGCGGCCGUCAACUUUGGACAAUACGACUGGUAUUCCUGGAUUCCCAACGCUCCCUCCACCAUGCGGAAGCCCCCACCCAAGCAGAAGGGUUUGGCGAACGUGAACCUGAUCAUCGACAGCCUCCCGGACCGAGGGCGCUCCAGCUGGCACCUGGGGGCCGUCUGGGCCCUCAGCCAGUACCAGGAGAAUGAGCUCUACUUGGGCAUGUACCUCGACGAGCACUUCAUCGAGAAGCCGGUGAAGGCGGCAAUGGAGAAAUUCAGGAAGACUCUGGCGGAGAUCAGCAGCGCCAUCAAGACGAGAAACCAGGGAAAGAAGCUGCCCUACUACAACAUGUCCCCCGAUAAGAUACCCAACAGUGUCGCUAUUUGAGGGACGUGCUCGUUCAUAUUGUGUCCAAACAUUUGCUGACACGGUGUGUCAUAUUUUCAGAAAUGCAGACAAUAAAAAACAAACUUACCUCUAAA